UCCUGUCCUUUUUGUAUUUUAUUUAUACUUUAAGUAGCUUUUUGUUCAAGUAAGAGUUGUUCCCUGAUUUUAUAAUAAAUGUUGUUUUUAUUUAUUUUAUUUUAUUUUAAAAUAAGCAGUGUUGCACGUAAUCAAGAGAGCAUUGAUUUUGUUCUUCCAAUUUUAGCCUUGUUUAAAUACGAGAGUUUUACAAAAUCAAGAAACUACUAAAAAGUUACUAUAUUUUUUUCAAGGCAUUUAUUUUAUGAGUGGGUACUAACUAAAAACACUACGAAAAGGAGGGAGUCCUUGCUUGAGUUUUUUUUUUUUUUUGCUUCAUAAUUUGAAAUUUCGUUAAUUUGAGGAUUCCUCUGUUCUUUUUUUUUUUUUUUUCAAGCAUGAAAAAUUAAUAUCUUCCUUGAUCUUGGUUGAUGUUGAGACACAGUAGCAUCAAUUAUUUUUAGCAUUAAUCAUGGUAAGUCAACGUCUCAUCAAAAAUACAGAAAGAGAGGUUUCUUUUUGUUUGAAAAUAUCAGUACAACAACAACAAUAAACCAGACACUCCUACCAAGAAGCAGCUAGCAUAGCAAGACAGAAAACAUGGAAGAACAACUAUUAAGUACUAAAGGAAACAAAUUCCCUGUUGGCACCUCAGCAACUGUUUUUCUAAGCACUUUUGUUGUUACAUGUGGUUCCUUGUCUUAUGGAUUUGCUGUUGGCUACUCUUCUCCUGCCCAGUCAGGUAUCAUGGCUGACCUUGGAUUGUCCAUUGCAGAUUAUUCAACAUUUGGAGCUAUUCUGACACUUGGUGGAACUGUAGGUGCCUUGGCGAGUGGCACUAUUGCAGAUAUGUUUGGGCGGAGAGUAGCAAUGUGGUUCCUGGAUCUAUGUUCCAUCCUGGGAUGGCUAUCUAUAAUCUUUGCAACGAGUGUUUGGUGGCUUGAUAUCGGAAGAUUUCUAAUGGGAAUCGGAGCUGGAGCUCUCUUUUAUGUGGCUCCUAUAUACAUUGCAGAAAUAUCGCCAAAAAGUAUUCGAGGUGGAUGCACAGCUGCAUUUGCGUUCAUGGUAUAUUUUGGCUUUUCAGUGAUGUUUCUAAUUGGGAAUAUCCUCACUUGGCGCACCUUGGCUAUAGUAGGAAUUAUCCCCUCUUUGGUGCAGUUUCUAGGCCUAUUCUUCAUACCAGAGUCCCCAAGAUGGCUGGCCAAAAUUGGUCGUGACAAACAAGUAGAAGCAUCUCUACAAUAUCUGAGAGGAAGAAAUGUUGACAUUUCUUUAGAAACAGCUGAAAUUAAGGACAAUGUGGAGUCACUUCAGCAGCUCUCAGGAUCAAGAUAUCUGGAUAUGUUCAACCGUAGAUAUGCUCAUUCACUCAUUGUAGGAUUUGGAGUAAUGAUUCUGGUGCAGUCUGGAGGAACUGAUGCAAUUUCAUCUUUCGCUAGUUCCAUUUUCGAAAAAGCUGGUUGCUCGGCCAGUUUUGCAACUACAACAAUGGGAUUAAUCCAGCUUCCUUUUGCUGCUAUGGGCAUAUUCUUACUGGAUGCUACUGGAAGACGGCCAGUUCUGAUGGUCGCUUCUGCUGGGACUUGCUUCGGAAACUUUCUUGUAGGUGUAGGCUUUCUGUGUAAGGAGUAUGAUCAAAUGAGUCAGUUUGCUGCCACAUUGGUGGAAACCGGCAUACUGGUAUUCAGUGUAUUUUACUCAAUGGGUGUGGGUGGUGCAGCUAUAACGAUUGUUUCAGAGAUAUUUCCUAUGAACAUUAAAGGAUCAGCUGGAAGUCUUGCAAUUGUAUGCAACUGGUUUACUUCUUGGAUUGUCACCUAUGCUUUUAACUUCUUGUUUGAAUGGAGCCCUUCAGGUGUGUUCUUCAUGUUCACAUGUUUUUCCGGGUUGAUGAUCCCAUUUGUUGCAAAGAUAGUGCCAGAGACAAAAGGUCGGACACUUGAGGAAAUUCAGGCAUCCAUGACACUGCUAAACUGAUGUUGAUUAUC